ACAAGGGUUUUUGCACCAUUAAAUUGAUGAAAUUAUACCCAGGUACUUCCAACCUGCCCAUGCCAUCCCCAGAAGGGGGUCCUGGUUUUACAGCAUCUGUCAAUGGAUAAUGUACUCCCCAGGGAAUUUUAUGAGAACAUACCCAAUCUGUUAAGCGAGAGAUCACUAGACAUCAUAAACAUCUGUGAAAUCCUUUGAUUCCUUAGGAUUGUUCAGAAAAGGUUUAAUAUGCUUCCCUUGGGAUAGAAUUAACAGAAAGACAUUUGUUCUCUGCUGUGUGGAUUUCUCAGAAGACUUUCUAUCAUGGAGAAGAAUAAAACACUGUUCUGGAUAACAAAGCUGUUAGAAAUAACUGGGGUGUUUACUGAAUGGGCUACUCCAGACAAGAGGCUAUUCUAGAUAACUUAGUAUUUCGAGAAAGCUCUUUAUCAAGAGAUUUCUUCAUACGGUGUUUGUAUUUCAGACUUGACAUUGAAACAAAUAAACUUGCACUAAAAAGUCUGAAAUUGUUUAGUUUCCUGUUUUAGUAAGUAGAGCAUUCAGCAAAUAAUUGAAUUUUUCUUUGAUAAUCUCAUUCUAAAAGUUAAUUAUCAAGGACAACAGCAUAUCUGUUGGAGGUAAAGGAGAUUGGAUCAAAUAUGCUGGCAUGUGAGGUUCGUUUUUUUUAAGCUAAAUCUGUUAUGUAAGUGUCUUUUCUUUGGAUUUGCCUCUUUUUCUUAAUAUUAGAUUGUUAGAGAUCCUAUCUUUAUUUGAACUAUUUGGUUUUAUUACUGAAUUAUUAUUAGCACACUCAUGUCUGAGGAGAGUGAAGUAAUUCGAGAAUGAAGCCCCAGUUAUUAUAUAACCUUAAUAGUUAUUUCAGAAAGCCUGGUUGGGGAGUCAUGGGCAAGGGAUUAAUUUAUGUGCAGCUCAUUAUUUGGUUCAUUUGGUGGCACACGACACGUUUUUUGUUUUUGGUUUAGUGUUCAAGUCAUCCAGCAAACAGCAAAAAUGACCCAUGUGUGGAUGUGGGUAAAAGCACGUUGUGUGUAUUUAAAUGUGAAAACAAGUUCAUUUUUCUGGAGGAGUCUUCUCUCUGUCCCAGAGGUGGUGGUUCUGGGAGAUGGAAAUCAUCGUGGGUUUGGGCUCCUUUAUUUGUAAGAGGAGAUCGUCUCCUGUCAUGGGCUUGGGCCUGCAGCCCUGCUUUCGUUUUCGGUCCCGUGGAUGCGCGUGGCCUGCCCCGACCACACAGACAGCCGUUUUCCUCUGGGUCACGAAGCAGGCCGUGUUUUUCAAGGCCUUUUUAUGGGGUCAGGCUUUAGGAACACAAGGGCGGGAGCAGUUCCACGGCCUGGGCUCCAUGUACUGCCGGGGCGCGGCCGCGGUCAUCCUCACCUAUGACGUGAACCACCCACAGAGCCUGGUGGAGCUGGAGGACAGGUUCCUGGGCCUCACGGACACGGCCAACACGGACUGCCUCUUCGCCAUCGUGGGGAACAAGGUGGACCUCGUCGAGGACAGGGCCGCAGAGGCCCGGGAGAAGGAAGGGCACGGCCCCGGGACGGCAGGCGGCGGCGGCGGCGGAUCGCCCCAAGUGCCCAGGCAGGUGCGGCCAGAGGACGCGGUGGCACUUUAUAAAAAGAUCCUCAAGUACAAGAUGCUGGACGAGAAGGAGGUGCCGGCCGCUGAGCAGAUGUGCUUCGAGACCAGCGCAAAGACCGGCUACAACGUGGACCUGCUGUUCGAGACCUUGUUCGACAUGGUGGUGCCCGUGAUCCUGCGGCAGAGGGCCCAGGGGCCGCCGCAGACCGUGGACAUCAGCAGCUGUAAGACGCCCAGACGGACCAGAUCCGGGUGCUGUGCCUGACUCAGAGGCGCCUGCGCCCCAGCGCCCGCGGCGGGCCGGGACGACCCGGUGUGCUGCGGUCAAAGGGAACGCGGAGCCGCGUCGCCUGGCUGCCCACGCAGGAGGAGGUCCGGGGGCGGCGACAGCUGGGCGUUCGGCGGUCCACGGGGACGGUUCCUCCAUCUCAUCGCUGUGCUGGGAGGUGGGGGCAGAAAACUCUUCCGAGCAAGGACUCCCAGGGGCCGUCUUGUGGUGCUGCUCCUUUCCUAACAUCCCCACCUUGCCGAAGCCUGUGGCCGGGCUUCCGUGGCACCUGCUGUUGUGGGCACAUGGCUGUGGCCCCUGCCCCACUUUUGUGUUUUCGCAGACAUUUGCUUCUUGGAGUUCUCUCCUUGGUCCUGCCAUUUGGCACUUGUGUCUUGAUGUGUCACAGGAUUCUUGGCUUGUUAAUUCAUACGAAAUCCAGAAUCACUGCUUUUAUUCUGGUUGCAGCUGUGCGAGCUACGCCUGUUAUUAUAAAGGAUGAUGAGGAGAC